CCAUUCAAAUAAAUAUCUUCAUGUCACAUGAGAAAAUUAUUUAAAUUAUUGUAGACAAAUCCAGUAAAGGCCCACCCACAGUUAUUAAAGGCACUGAUGAGAUGCAGCUCAUCAUCACUGUAUUCAGCUGCUGAAGAGAGAAUCUCCGAGUUUGCUCUACAGCAGCAUUUGACCUCAGGUGCAGGAGGAGUCAUUAGUCACAAUGAGGUUUCUGAUCUCACUGUGUGUGUCACUUCUGCUGCUGAUUAAUGAAUCUACAACUUCCAGCUCUGAUCCAUGCUAUGAAUACACCACUCUUGAUGAAUACUGGAGAGACAUACAACAAAGCCCAUAUGAAUAUUUGGGAAAUGAUGACACCCUUGUUGAAUGGAGUGGCUGGUAUCGGCUGUAUCUGAAUGGAGAAAGUGCCCAGAUGUCUGAGUGGUGUGUGAGUAAUCUGGGAUGUGGUGGUUACACUGGACUGUAUCUCAACGACUCUCAUCCAACACUUGAGGAUGGAGUGGUGACCCGUGAAGUCUUGGGAAGUAAUUCGUUGUGGUGGUGGGAGUGGUUGUGGGCGCCUUCCUCUCAGUGUGGCGACUACACAUCCACAUCCAUCCAAGUCAAAGCCUGUCCAGGAGAUUAUUACGUCUAUGAAUUUGUAAAACCCAACAUAUCAGCCCCCGAUCCGUCAUAUUGUGCAGUUGCUUUCAGCAACAUCAGCAGUGAUCCCUGCUACAACUAUGAGUCUCUGGAUCGUCCCUGGAGAGCCAACAAUGAGAGUGGAGAUUACAUUUGUGAUGAAUCUUUCUCCUGGAAUGGCUGGUACCGGCUUUUCUACUACGGAAUGGACAUCCAGAUGUCAGAGACCUGUGUGGAUUCAUACACCUGUAACACAGACUAUAAUCUAUGGCUCAAUGGUCCUCAUCCUCAGAUAGAGGAUGGAGUGGUGACUAGAGAGGUCUGUGCAGGGUCUUAUUGGGGCAUCUGCUGUGAAUACAAGACAAACCCCAUCAGAGUGAAAGCGUGUCCAGACAAUUACUAUGUCUAUGAACUUGUGAAUCCACACAAUUCUUGUUCAGGAUACUGCACAGAUGUCAACACCAUUUCAUGGCCGGUUUCCACUGUCAGUCCAGAUAUAAUCACUGGAUCCAGCAUCCCCUUGAAUUAUGACCCAUGCAAUAAUUACAACAUACUUGACAAUUACUGGAGAAGUACAUUCAAUUACUGGUCUAUGUAUGGAUACAUCUCUGAUCAUGAUGACACUCGUGUUGAAUGGGAUGGCUGGUAUCGACUCUUCAUUAAUGGAUCAAGUGCUCAGAUGCCUGAGUGGUGUUUUUAUUACAUGUCAUGUGGAGGUUUUAGUUCUCUGUAUCUUGGUGGCUCUCAUCCUCGUAUAGAAGAUGGAGUUGUUACUCGUGAAAUUUACGGCUCUCACUAUGAUCAGUGCAGUUACUACAGAUCUGAACCAAUCCAAGUCAAAGCUUGUCCUGGAGAUUAUUAUGUCUACAAAUUUAACAGACCAACAAUUUCGAUCCCAGCUCCUGUAUAUUGUGCAGUAUCCUUCACUACCCCAAGCGUUGAUCCCUGCUACAACUACACCAGUCUGGAUGAGCCUUGGAGAGCCACUGACAAUCCUUACUAUAAUAACUAUUACUCCUAUGGCAUGUGUGAUUAUAAUGUGGAGUGGAAUGGCUGGUACAGACUGUUCUACAAUGGUGAAAAUGCCCAUAUGCCAGAAUCAUGUGUUAAUUAUGGCAUGUGUGGCACUUAUGAGCCACUGUGGCUCAACGGCCCUCAUCCACAGCUGGAAGAUGGAGUGGUCACCCGUCAGGUCUGUGCUUCUACAUGGAGUGGCUGCUGUGAAUACACAUCCCACCCAAUACGAGUCAAAGCCUGUCCUGGAAAUUACUACGUUUAUGAGUUUGUCAAACCAAUAUUUUGUGGAGAUUACUGUGUAGAAGCCUCAUGGCAGCCCAUUAUAUCCGUGUCAACAGCAACAGAGACAGUUCUACCCACAGAAUCCAUUGCUCCACCAAUUACAACCACUGCUCCCCCUGUUGACCCCUGCUACAACUACAAUGUCCUGGACGAUCCAUGGAGAGCCACCAACAAUCAACAUUCCUCUCUAAUAAUGUGUGACGUUUGGGUCAGCUGGAGCGGCUGGUAUCGUCUCUUCAUUCAGGAUCAGAGCGUUCAGAUGCCAGACACAUGUGUUGAGGAGUAUAGUUGUGGCACUAAUGCUCCACUCUGGCUGAAUGGAGGACAUCCAACAGUUGAGGAUGGAGUGGUCACUCGAGAUGUCUGUGGUCACUGGAACAAUGACUGCUGCUAUUUCCAAUCCAAUCCCAUUAAAGUCAAAGCCUGUCCAGGAGAUUAUUAUGUCUAUGAGUUUGUGAGCCCGAUUGCCUGCAAUUUGGCAUACUGUGCAGAUGCGUGGAACAUAAACAAUACCUACACUAUAGCCGAAACCACAAUGACUGUUAAUAGAAAUCCCUGCUCUGAACUCAGCUGCUCUGAGGAUGAAAAGUGCGGGAUGCAUAAUGGUGUUUAUGGCUGUUUAUGUGAAAAUCACAGACAACGACAGCAUCAUGACUCUUUCGAUUUCUCAGAAACCUGUGAAAGCAGCUCUGGCUCCAUGUCUGUGUCUCGCUGUCAGCUCUUUGAGGCUGGUUUUCCAGCUGAUGUCUUACACCUCAAUGAUCCCAGCUGCAAAGGAACGGUCCGGAAUGGCAGAGUGGAAUUCCAAUUUGAUAACGAUGAACACAUCUGUGGUACAAAUCUUGUGGCCAAUGGCACCCACUUCAUCUACAGUAACUUUAUUCUGGGGGCACCGAGGUCAGAAGGUCUCAUCAGCAGAGAAAAAAUCCUUAAGCUUUCUUUCAGCUGUGUUUAUCCUCAAACACAAACACUUUCCAUGAAUGCGGAAAUCAACCCACUGGAGAGCAUUGUGCACGAGACCCUCCCCGCUGGUGAAGGGAGAUAUCAGGUGCGGAUGACUCCAUAUGAGGAUGAUGAGUUUACUCGGCCCUUCACUGGUAGAGUGGAUGCAGAGCUCGACCAGAAGAUGAAUGUGGAAGUUCGUGUCGAGGGGGUUGACAGCCGUCAGUUUGCUCUGGUGAUGGACACGUGUUGGGCUACACCUGUGAAUGAUCCUGAUUACAGUCUCCGCUGGGAUCUCAUCGUCACAGAGUGUCCCAAUCCAAUUGACGACACAGUGGAGCUGCUGCAGAACGGCGUCUCAACAUCUAGCCGUUUCUCCUUCAGGAUGUUCAUCUUCACUGCAAACUCCACUAAGCUUUACCUGCACUGUACUGUUCACCUGUGCCUUCUGUCAAGCAAUAGCUGCCCCGUAGACUGUAACUCUGGACACCAGCGGAGAGAGGGCAGGUCUCUGAACUUCCAUGACAGUGCUUCCAUAUCCAUGGGUCCUCUGACGAUGUCUGAAGGGAACACAGAUAAGUGGUUCCCAGAUCAAGUGAAGGCAUCUGAGGCUUCUUGUCUGUGUGCUUCUCUGAUGCUGUUACUUGUUCCUCUCAUGAGCACCCUGACCCUCUUUUAUUAAAACACACACACACACACACACACACACACACACACACACACACACACACACACACACACACACACACACACACAGAUUUUUAGUGGCAUUUUAAUGAAUGUGACACUUAUGCCACAAUGGUUUUGGGUUUUUAUUUCAAUAUUUCAUGUGGACUUUGUCUAUUUUCCUACAAGCAUAAAAACAAAUAAUUUACAUGAGUUGUUAUUUACUACAAUUAUCUUAUUUUAUUAAAGAAGAUGUGUUACAGUAAGAAAGACAAUCUGAUUAAUUUUUAUUCAAAUCAUGUGAAGAAAACAUUUAAAAGUGCCAUUCAUGUUAUAUUCUUCCUUUCAGUUCUGUAACUUUUAAGAAAUGCAUACACUUAUAUUACAAUUCAGAAAAGUAUAUCUAUAGCAGACUUUCAAAAAUGAUGUGGUCAACGUACACGAUGGAAAGUACGAGGUAAAGUUAGUCAUAUCUCAGUGAGAGAAUAACAAAUUUUUUUGACUCAUUGAUAUCAUCAAACUAAAUUGUUUGAUUAGAUUUUACAGUACUGCUUUAGAUUGAUAGAACCCUGUUAAACACAGUAAAAUUAAUUUACAAUUAAAGCAGUUGUUCCCAAGAAAACAAUGUUUAGCUAUUAACAUUUUAAUCAGAUAAUGAAAAAAUAAACUAAAUAAACUGUGUAUUUUUUUGCAGUGCAGUACCAUCUUUCAUAAAAUGUGAUUAUAAUAUUUUUUCCUAGUGUAUAUUAAUAGCACAGUGUUACACAAAGGGGAAAUAAAUGUGAUGCAAAUUGAAGCAAGGUGGCUUCUCAUUCUGUAUUUUGAAAUCAAACACUUUCAGUAUGAAUGAA